UUGAUUUUGAUCUCGACCGUUUAUCCUAUCGUAAAUAUCCAUUGAUAAUCCAAAGAUAUUAUUUAAUCUUAUCAACUACGGCUAUUCUGAUGAGAAAGAAACAAGUGUAUGUUCAAACAUCCGCAAAAAUGUGUGCAAAAAACAUAUACACAAAAAAUUAACAAUUUUUUUAGAACAUGAUUGUGGAAGACGACUAAAACAACAACCAUGUUGAAAGAACGCGAGACCUACACUGCUACCAAAGGGGUGGAAAACGAGGGUUACGAAUUUGAAACAGCAAUGUUAUUAUUUUACUGCCUCCAUUUGUGUUACAACAACGAAAUCAACGAUUUCAAAAUUGCCAUUUACGACAAGCAUUACCACCCUUUUGAUGACAUAGUUAUCGAUAUUUCAACUGAAAUCACCGAAAAAUACGCAAUUCAAUUGAAACACGUCAAGGAUAAAUUGGUUCUAAACUCUAACCAUUUCGGAAAAAACGGUAAAAUGGUUUUGAGCAAAUAUUUCAAAUUUGAUUUUACUAAAAGUAACCACGUUGUGCUUUUCACCAAUGGUGUUUUAAACGAAGAAAUGACAGUCAAUGGGUGUGACAUCAAAGCGAAAAAAACGCUAAAUUUUCUGGAAAAAUGUCUAGAUACUUGUUGUGAGGACUGUCAACAUAUUUAUGAAGUGAGUAAUGAAGGGUGUGACGAUAAAAUCACGUUUUUUACAUCACAGAAGAAUAGAAAUGAUAUUGAUAGUGCCAUUAAGAGGAAAUUGGAGGAAAAGUUUAAUUUAGACGAGAAAAAUCUAGACAGUGUUGUACAAAAGUUGAAAUCUUUUUUCCAACAGUGGAAAAAAGGGCACGACGAACUUUGCAAAUUGGACAAACAAGAUAUUAAAAUGAAACUAGCUGAGAUUCUUCUUUGUGACUCUAUCGUCCAGUUUAGUCCACAUUUUGAUAGUGAAAUUGAUCCCAAAAUUGUGAUUCUUCAAAAUGUUAUCAAGAGUUUCACUAUCACGGUCAUUGAUAAGACACUCGCUGACAUUGAUAAGCUGUGUUGUUUUAAUUUGGACAAAAACAAAGUAAUUGAACUUGGCCAAAAACUACUAGUUGCUGAUUUCCACGAAGAAAAGAAGAUAAGUAUCAUUUUAUGGCGUUUGAAGGAUUUUCCACUAGUCAUCAAGAUAACUGAAGAAAACAAAAGAGGGAUAUAUGAAGUGAUAAAUGACUUGCGGGACGAACACUUGAACUUUAUUUUAUUUGGAGAUUCUUCAAAAUCCGAUUUUGAUUCUUCAUUCAACGUUUUGGAAAAUUUGGACGAUUUAAAGGAAACAGAAUUUUAUCAAAAAAUUACUCAAGAUUUCAAAUUGUCAAUUCAAGGACGUGAAGAAAUCACCAUUGAAGAAUUGACCAAAUGGAAUCAAAAUUUUGGCAAAAUUGUUACAAUCAAGGAACUUUGUCUAAUGGCUACAGGCUAUUUUCGGGUUGGGGAACCCCAAGAAGAUUUACCAAAACCGUACAUUCCUCGACGUCUCUUUUUCCCGAUUUUGAAAAUUCGGAUAAUCGAGCAGUUCCCAAAUGACCUGUUUGCAAUCAUGGGACGUGAAGAAAUUUUGAAGAAAGCAUUACCAAAAAACACUUUUUGCAAGUUUGAAGAUUGCGUGACGAGAACUUUUAUGGAUGGUAAACUUCCCCCCAAAACUGUUAUUCUUUGUCGCGAUGAAAAAGAUUUGAAACAUUGUCUAGACUACAAAAACAGGAACGUCCACGGUCUUAAAGUUCUCGACGAAGAAAAUCUUCAAUUACUCUUCAGUAAAGAAAAGGCGGAAAAGUUGCGUGAAUUUCAAAUUUUCCUCGAAAAUCAACUAUUUUCACUUCUUCCUGAAAAAAUCAAACUGAUUGUUGCUCGUCCUGGUUUGGGAAAGUUAACAAUGUUGAAAUUUUUGAAGAAAAAUGCACCACCAGGUCACUGGACUGUGAAAAUUAAUCUUCAGGAGGAGAUACUAGAUGAUGGAGAUGAGUUUGAAGCAAGAGUGAAACAUUGCUUCAAAGAAGUCAACCGCUGGAUUUACUUCAUUUGCGGAAUUGAUAAUCUUCAAAAUGAUGAAAAUCUUGUCAAGACUUGCAACCGAAUAAAAGAAUUGAGUCGGAAUUACAAAGUUUGGGUUUUUUCUGAAGAUCACUUGAAGGAAAAACUUGAGACUUUAUUUGCAGUACCAGCGAUGGAAAUUCAAGAAUUUACCGAAGAUGAGCAAAAAGAAUACAUCACGGAGAGAUUAAUAGAGCGUCAAAAAGUCGAAAAAGUCUUACUCAGUUUCAAAAUGUUGCGAAAUAAUGACAUUUUGGGUGCCCCUAUGCACCUCUAUAUGUUGACCGAAAUUUUUCUCAAUGAUCCCAAAAUGGAGAAGGUUUUUAUUUUGACUGAAAUCUACCGAUACUUCAUCAAAACCAAAUACCAACACUACUUGUCCAAAACUUGUGAAAACAAUAACAACCAAAUUAUUGAAGACGGAAUUUAUUACAGGAACGAGCAAUACAAACUUGCUGCAAUUUCGUGUUUGGACUUGGAGUACUUCAAAAAAUUGAAACUUCAAUGUGAUGCUACUUUUCUGAGUCAAAUUAGGAGUCGCGGUGAUGUGAUUGGAGUCAUUUUCAGAGUGAGUUCUGAUGGUGGGAUUAUUUUUAGUCAAGAAACUUAUUCUGAUUACUUUGCUGCAAUUUGGUUGGCGGAAAACUACCAUAAAGUUAAAGAUUUUGAGUUUAUCUAUCGUGACGAUUUCAAAAACAUACUAUUUAUGUUUAAUUUAGAAAUUUGUAAAAAUAAUCCGGCCCACAUUUCGGUAUUGUACCAAAAUUUUGACGAGUUGGAAAAACAUGAAUCUUUCUUUGACGAUUUGGAUCCUUUGAAACGUUCAGUUUUGCACUUGUCGUACUGUAACGGCAUGAAAUUUCCCAAAAUUCACAUCACUGAAGAUAAGACAUUCAAAUUUUGUACUAAAACAUCGUUUAUGGAAGACUGUGACAAUAAGGAGAUUUUUGAUUUGUUGGUCAAAAAGACAAAAAUUGAUCCGUUGCAAAAAGACAGUCUUUUUGGUUGGGAUUUGAUUGAUUAUGCUUUCAACUUGUCAAAUUUUUACGCCCUUGAAAAACUGCUCUUCAAGUUUAAGGAAAUUCACAGUGUGGUUUUGAAGAAACUUUGCAACUCCACUGAUUUGGUUUCAGUGAUUUAUCAUUCGGUUAAAUUUGGUUACGAGAAUUUGCUUCACCUUGCUUCAAAAACUCCACAAUUUUCUUCAACUCUUUUUAUUGAAAAUUGCAAUGGUGAAAAUCUUCUCUAUUUGGCGGUAAAAUCGGGUAGUUGUGCCAAUACGAAUCUUCUACUUGAUAAAGGUGCCAAUAUUGACACUACUACAAGUACCUAUAAUAAAAUGAGUCCUUUACACGCAGCUGUGGAGCAUCAUCAUCAGGAAAUCGUAGAAUUGCUUCUGAAACGUAAGGCUUGUGUGGACGUUAUGGACCGGUAUAGAAGUACUCCUUUACAUUUAGCUGCAAGUAAAGGGUUGCUAAAUUUGGCAAGAACUCUCAUAAAUUUUGGGGCUGAUAUUGAUUUUGCUGAUAAUUUCGGUCGAACUCCUUUACAACUUGCUGCAAGUUUUGGUCAUGUCAGUUUAGUGGAAACUUUACUCGAUAAGGGGGCCACGAUUGAUAAAAGUGACAAGUUGGGUAAUACCCCAAUGAGUGUUGCUUUCGCCAAGAAACACUUUAAAAUUUGUGAAUUAUUGCAGCAUCGUGGGGCAAAAAACGAUCGUAAAACUUCAAUGAGUGAAUUUAAUGAAUAUAUUGAUUUUCUCUUACAUUGGGUGGCUUCUACCGGUCAAGUGGAACAAAUUGAGUCACUUUUGGGUCAAGGAUGGUCUAUUAAUGAAGUCGAUCAUUUUGGUCGAACUCCCCUACAUCGUGCUGUUAUCGAAAAGCACCAACAAGUCGUCCAAGUGUUUUUGGAACGUGGAGCUGAUGUUAAUAUUUCUGACAAUAACAAAAUUUUGCCUUUAUGUCGCGCAAUUUUUAAUAAUGACGAGGCAACAACUGAGUUUCUUGUCCCCAAGUAUUUGAGUGUUGAUUUUAAGGAUAGUUUUGGUUAUACUCCUUUGCAUUUGGCUGCAAUGCGUGGUAAUGUUAAAAUUGUUAAAUUGCUCCUAACCAAAAACCCCGAUCUUGAUGUUUGUGAUAUUUUUGGACGGAGACCUGUGGAUUGUGCUGUUGAAGGUGGGCAUUUUGGGGUGGUGUCACUUCUUGGUGAAGAUGAUUUGAGAGUUGGAAUAGCGAAGAAGAUGGCUGAGUUUUUGGAAGUUUGUGAAACUUCUGAUUUGAGUCGAGGAAAGUUGAAGAGUUUUGGGUUUAGUUUUAAGCAUUUGGUUGCAAUGUUUGGACAGUGUGAGGCUUUGGAAAGGUUGAAAGAAGAGUUGGAUUUUGUGGAUAUGUGUGGUAAUACGGCAUUAGAUUGGGCGUGUAAGAAAGGGCAUGUUGAGUGUGUUAAAAUUCUAGUUGAUUUUGGUUCUGUUGCCGAGGCCAUCCAAGGGGAUUUCUUGGAUAUGGCAAAGAAGCAGAAGGAGUUUUUUAAGGUUUUUGAGCCAUAUUAAUUGUAUUAAUAGAAAAAUAAAAACUUUGAUUUGUUA